GCGCACUCCCAUAGGCAUAUGCAGUUUCACCCAUGAGGGAAUCAUAGCCACCGUGUAAAUUUCCACCUGGUUUUUGGUGGUUUCAUACAAUUAUUGACAAACUCGCAUUGGUGUUUGUGUCCUGUGCAUAGCGCAAGGGGAUGGGUUUCUUGUGGUUUCUCUGUGAAGCGAUCGUUAAUGUUUAUUGCAAAAAAUAGAGUGAUGUUUCACUCGGGGCGUUCGUACUUCUGGUAUGUUCAAUGUGUGGUCUCAACAAGUUGUGAUGUGAUGCUGUUAAUACUUGUAUUUUAAGUUGUGACUUUCUUCCAACUCUAUCAGAUUUGCUUGUGUAAAUGUUAGCUGAAGGUGAAGGAUGUAUACAUUCAAGUUUGAAUGAUGUGGACGUUCAUAGCGUACGCGAUGAAAUCUGGCCAGUCAUUUAACUCGUCCCGUAAAUGACUGGGAAUCGAAAGGUGUUCCAGUUUAGCUUUCUCAACUAAACACUAAAGAUUAAAGAGAUGCUCUGCUUACUAAUAGUCGAAGAAAUCAACAAUCAACACAAUCAAUUCGCCGCUCAACGACGCGUUCAGAAACGAGUGUAAAGUCCCUUGCCCUGGCCUGAUAGAAGAAAAAGCAUCUUGAAGAAAAUAAAACGGCUUCCGAGCAAACGAUUGUGGUCGGCUUUCAAUGAAGCGGCAUGUCGUCCAGUUUCCACCUUCAACAAACGAUUGCUGAGCAUCACUGGUGGACUGUUUGUGGAACGCGUUAAACAUGACGAUUAUUGUGUUCCUUGUCGAUACCUCCGCCUCCAUGUGCCAGCGGGCACUGGUGAACGGUGUGCAGAAGACUUACCUAGACAUCGCGAAAGGUGCCGUCGAAACGUUCCUCAAGUUUCGCCAACGGUCGCAGGACUGUAUGGGCGAUCGGUACAUGCUACUAACGUUCGAAGAUCCACCGAACAACGUGAAGGCGGGCUGGAAGGAAAAUCACGCCACGUUCAUGAACGAGUUAAAGAACUUGCAAAGCAACGGGCUAACGUCGAUGGGUGAAGCGUUAAAGAAUGCGUUUGAUUUGCUAAAUCUAAACCGCAUGCAAUCCGGCAUAGAUACAUACGGACAGGGCCGGUGUCCGUUCUACCUGGAACCGUCCGUUAUAAUCGUGCUAACGGACGGUGGGAAAUACGCGUUCCGUAACGGUGUACACCAGGAGAUUAUACUUCCACUGCACGCCCAGAUGCCCGGUACGAAACUAACGAAGGAACCAUUUCGUUGGGAUCAACGCCUGUUCUCGCUCGUGCUGCGUAUGCCCGGCAAUCGAGUGGAGGAACGUGCGGACGGCAAGGUCCCACACGACGAUUCAAUGAUCGAAAAAAUGUGCGAAGUGACAGGCGGUCGAUCAUACAAAAUAAAGUCACAUUACGUAUUGAAUCAGUGUAUCGAAAGUUUAGUACAGAAAGUCCAACCGGGCGUUGUGAUACACUUCGAUCAGCUGAUCUCAAACAACGGUGACAGCAGUACGGCGGAUUUACAGUUUCAGUCGACCAAGCGUAUGAUUUACGUGCCGAAGCAGCACCCGUCGCAGAAAACCUUCCCGGUGGGGUACUGGCCCAUCCCGGAACCGUAUUGGCCGGAUCCGAAACUAACGAAUUUGCCACCGCGCGAUGCACAUCCGAAGAUCAAGAUCAUUUCACCGAGUUGUGAUGAACCUCAGGUACUGCGGAACUUUCCGAUCGACAAGUACGAGCUCGAGGCUAGCCCACUAACGCUGCAGAUACUGUCGAAGAAGGAAUCGAACAAAGUGUGGCCAUUGAUCGUGUCGACCGGUAUGCAGGGUGAGAUGCCAUUUGGAUAUCUAAAACCGAACAGUACCGUACCGAUCGUGCAUCUGUACGUCCUGCCGUACAACUACCAAAUGCUGCUCCCGCUUAUCAACGAUCUGUUUCACAAGUUUAAUCUAAAUCCACCGAACGAUUGGGUGUACAAAUUUACCAACUACGUCAAAACGAUCCCGCAAUAUUAUUGUCCCUUUCUGCGGCGUGCACUAGCGACCACACCGAACGUGCCCUACCAGCUGGUGCAGUACAUACUGCCGGAAAAUCUGGACAGCUACCUGUGUCCGGCCGUGGCCAACUAUCUGAAGCAGAUGAAAAAUACGGCCAAACUCGAUCAGGAAAAUCUAUGUCUACGCGUGCUGAAGCAACUAAAGCAACCGAAACCGGCAUACCAUCAGCUCGAGACAGCGAAGCUGUGCGGCACCCAACAGAUGAAGCGUGACAUCGUCACGCAUCCGAUGCUGAAGGAUACAUUCACCAAAAUGCACAUGGAAAUAGCAAACUUCGACAGCUACACGAUCGUCGUACCGUCCAUCAUACAGACGGCGGCGACGAAAAACUAUCGCAAUCCGUACGACAUUCCGCGCCGGGACCUGAUCGAUGAAAUAGCACGGAUGAGGGAAAACUUCUUCCAUCUGCCAACGAGCGGUAUUAAUGUAUUCACGAAAGAUUCCGGCCACUGUUUGCCGAUCUCGGACAUGGGCAACUAUCAGGAGUAUUUGAAAAACAAGGAAACGCCGCUGCGCGAGCUGGAACCGACGAACGUGCGGCAGCACAUGUUCGGCAAUCCGUACAAGAAGGACAAAAACAUGGUUAUGGUGGAUGAGGCAGAUUUGAACGAUCUCGCACCGAUGAAGGCGAGCGGUGUACCGGGACCACAUCCGAGCAGUCACAUGAAGAAAAGCAUGGAGCAGAGUACGGUGACGCGCAUGAGCCGGAAACGGAAGGCGGGUCCGAUACGGAAGGAUUAUGUGUUCAAACGUUCCGCGAUGGAUAUGGCCAGCAGUACGUCCGGUUCGCUCAGUGGGGAUGAUGUAAAUAUGAGUGAGCUGUUAACCGAUGAUGAGAGCUGUUCCGAGUUUAGCAGCGGUAGCGAUAUCGAGGAGGAUAAUGAAGGCUGUUUGGUAAUGGCACUAGAUGCACCGGAAGAAUUGAACGAAACGAAUGGGCUUGGUACGAUGCAGAAUUAUCCGUUGCUUCUAGACAUGGCUGGUACAGGUGGAGGUUCGUUGGAAUCAGUCCGCUCGCCGGCGGAAUCGAUCACCGCUACCAGUCCGAACAAACAAUCCGAAAAGGUUGAAUUUGGCAGUGGUUCUACGCCACCCAAUCCAAGUAUAACGUGCCGUGUGCAGUUGGUGUCGAUUGCUAGUGAGGAUGUGGCGGCAGUUUCGAUCGGUGAGGUAAAGGUAAUACAUUGUGCGGAAUCGCCCGGCAACGAUGAUACUCAAUCCGUCGGUGAGAAAGAGCAGCAACGUUCGGAUGAACCAAUAGCGUCGUCACCAUUAUCAUCCUCCUCCUCCUCCUCUUCCGCUUCGAAAAAGCAAACGCAUGAACAAAUCGAUUCAUUGGGACCACUGGUGCGUCCGGAAGCGAACGUGAUAGAAUCAGACGACGGUGGACAACGGCAACAAUCACAAACGAAGAAAGGCACGUUACAGCAGCAUGCGGAAAGAAGCGCGACGGAGCAAAGCAAUUAUGAUUCGGAACGAAUCGAUGCGGCAAAGCAGGACGGCACGGAAAAGGCAGAAUCGAACGUACGGCCAGAAGAACAAACCAUACAGCUGGAGGUUCGAUUGGAUCCAACAGACGGUGGUGGUGGUGUUGGUGUUGGUAGGAAACAGCACAUCGAGCUUAAUGAACAAAUCGAAUGUAAAACGGAACCCUCUGAUCAAGCAGCGAAAGAUAUUAAGACAGCAAGUCCCGCUUCGUUGCCGAAAGGUUUAACAGCAGAAGAGCAGCUGUCGCUAGCGAAUGUUCCAUCGCGCCAGGAAGGUGUGAAGGAAGAUGAUUAUCUAGAAACGAAUCACGACGCGGGCGAUGAAACAAAUGCGAAGGAAAGCGAGCAAAGUACAAAGGGAAGAAUACAAUCGGAUAAUACGAGUACGUUAGCGGAAGAAUCCGAUCGUGGCGUAACGAUGGCGGUAGAUUACGAGACAGAUGUACAACCGACCGGUCAGGAAGCGGUACGCAAAAGUCCGGAAACAAAGCAACCGAGUCAAGGCAUUCAAUCGACGGAGCCUGCAAAGUCCGAACAAGUUCGUGAUUUAGAGCAUAAUUUAGGUGAAAUACAUAUUCAGCAACAAUCGACAUUAGCAGAGGAGCAUACCCUGCCAACUUGGAAACCACUGCAACAGCAGCAGCAGCAGCAGCAUGAUCAGCGUUCACGCCACGCUUUAGUUUCCCAGUGGGGUCACGACACUAACAAUGGUAUGACGGACGUACUGAAGACGUCCAAGCAGCAACCGCAUGAUCAAAGGGGCACACCACGCCAUCCGGCGGUGUCACAAUGGGGUCUCGAUGCCGAUAGUGAUAUGACGGAUGUAAUGAAAAUUUCCAACAUCCUCAAAACCUGUCACAAUGGUGGAGAUAAUGACCGUGACAAGGAUAGCCACUUUGAGGAGAGUUCCGUGGAACGGUCCAACAAUGCGAACAGCAGUACGGCGACACAGGACGGCACAAAACCAUCACGCCCGGUCGGAGGUUCUGCGUCCGAGGCGGAACCGGUCAUGGUACUGGCGAACGGGCUCGUAUCGGCCGCGAUGAAUGGUGGCGACAGCAUGGUACAGCCAACGCUCAACUGGGAUUACAACUUUGCCCUUUACUCCUGCGUCGAGGACGAACAAGAGCUGGAACAGAUUGAGGAGAUGAAUCUGAAGACGCGCUCGAUCGUGUUCCGUGACAUUAGGCGACCGGGGCGCGACUACACGCAACUGCUAAAGCAUCUCGAGCUCGUCCAGGGUAGCCGUAUGACGCAGAAGCACUUCGUCGAUAUGUGCGUACACGAGGCGCGUCGUUUCCGGCGCCAUCGGAUGGUGGAAUGCAUACAGGAAUGGUGGGCCCAGCACACCGGACGAUCAGUACCGGGCAUUGUAAAACGGACGCGCGCAAAACAGGAAGGUGGCGGGGCCAACUCCUUCUACAUCUACGGUAAUAACGAUGGGCUAGAGGACGAACAGGAACACGCACUAACGCCGGACAAUCUGUACUUUGUGAACGAUACCGGUGCGUCGGUUUACAGCAGUGAAACGUUCCGCAGCACCACACCACCAAGUGCAACGUAUCUGAACAACAGCAUCGGUAGCGCAUACGGGACCACCGACUUUAGUCACAAUAAUCAUCACUUUGCUGAGGUGGUGCAUGUAUCGUACCCAAACUCUAUAUAACCCAUGUAUAACAGCCUAAGUCAACAGUUAAUGAUCCCCGAGGGAGGCAUCCUGUUAAGCAAAUUGUAAAAUUUUUAAUUAUUAAUAAUACAUCUUUACGUUUUAAAAAGCAGGCAUGUGUCUCAAAGCAUUAA